AUGGCUCCUAACAUUAGCGAGUUCAGAAAUAAUCCGAUUCCCAGCGCCGCAGACUUAGCGUGGUUCAAUAGUCUCGAUCUCCGCUCUCAGUCGGAGGUAUUCAAUUGGGUUAUCACGGACCGUGCUCAUCCUUGCGUGAGGGCAGGUUUGGAUCAAUGUUUCCUUUGUGGCAAGUUCGGACACCGUUACAACUCAUGCAAAGUCAAAAUAGGCGCGAUGGCGUUCCAACAUUGGCGACGCGCGACUAAUGGCAUUUCUUACAGUAUGGAUAUGUUUAAUCUGACCGAUGAAGCACUGGCCACCGCAAAUUCUCAAUUUGAGCCUGGUAUACUAUACGCUAACUUAUCAAAUGAAAACGACAAUGACGAUGUAACAUCUUUCAUCUUGACUGAUGAAGACGUGUCUAAAUUGGACGCCAUUGAAAAAGCUGCAGCUUCGUCCGCCAGUGAAGGUCAAGGUAAUGUGGAAAUUGUCGAACAUUUAGCUGUGGUGUCAAAUUUCUUGAACCCACCUCCUCCUCGGUCCAAGUUGAAGGUAGAUAAUAUGUGCCUCCAUCUGAGGUUAAGAUCACAACUAAGUAUGUGUCCCAUAUUAGAACAGAUUGACAGAAAAGCUAGUGAGGAUCAACAUGAAGGUACCUCCAACGUGGAACGGGUCGGAGGUAGCCUGGUUGUAAACCCAAACAAAUCGGCCAAUGGCGACCAAGGAGCGGCUCCUAGGCAUAAACACAACGCAGGUAAUACAUGCUAUCAUUGUUUCAACAGGGGCUUUGCCAAAGGCCGCGCUUGGUCGUUAUCUGGUGCGAAACGCGCAAGUAUCUUGAAAACUUCCAUUUGCAAGCGAAAGGCGUCGAGCGAAAGACGUUGA